CCCAGGGUGUCGCUUCACCCCCAGGGUGUCGCUGAACCCCAGGGUGUGGCUGCACCCCAGGGUGUCGCUAGCCUGCACCCCAGGGUGUCGCUAGCCUGCACCCCAGGGUGUCGCUGCAUCCCCGGCUGCCAAGCGCCUCUGCGCCUCGGUCUGAACUCAGUCAAUAACGGGCGCUGUUUGAAUACGGGCGCUGUUUGAAUACGGGCGCUGUUUGAAUACGGGCGCUGUUUGAAUACGGGCGCUGUUUGAAUACGGGCGCUGUUUGAAUACGGGCGCUGUUCGAAUAUAGGCGCUGUUUGAAUACGGGCGCUGUUUGAAUAUGGGCGCUGUUUCAAUAUGGGCGCUGUUCGAAUAUAGGCGCUGUUUCAAUAUGGGCUCACUCUGAUAUUUUCUGAUCCCACUGAUUGUUUGAAACCCCGCGCCACUAUGGAGAAAGACAGAAAGAGAGCUUCUACAACCUACGGGUCCGCAGAACACACUGAAGCCGCUGACAAAACGGUCAGAGACGUGGUCUCCAUGGCCGACUCCACCAUCACCGCGGAAAACAUCGAAGACCAGCUCUUCAAGAUCGAGAGGAUCCGAGACAUCCUGGUGAGGCGCGAGUCAGAGCUCAGAUACAUGGAAGAACCGAUGGAUGACAUUCAACCGUGCAAUGAGAUCAGCCGGCUGAAGAAGGAGCUGCAGACGCUGAUGUCGGUCCCAGGCGAACCGCCACGUUAGCCACGUUAGCCACUUUAGCCACGUUAGCCAUGUUAGCCACGUUCGCCACGUCAGCCGCGUUAGCCAUGUUAGCCACGUUCGCCACGUCAGCUGCGUUAGUCACAUUAGCCACGUUAGCCACAGUAGCCAUGUUAACCACGUUAGCCAAGGUAACAUCAUUAACCACAUUAGCCACGUUAACCGCAUUAGCAACAUUAGCCACGUUAGCCACAUUAGCCAUAUUAGCCUCGUUAGACACGUUAGCCAGUAGGAUACUGUACUGUGAUCAAGUAUCAUACUGUACUGUGAUCCAGUCUCAUACUGUACUGUGAUCCAGUAUCAUAAUGUACUGUACUGUGAUCCAGUCUCAUACUGUACUGUGAUCCAGUAUCAUAAUGUACUGUACUGUGAUCCAGUCUCAUACUGUACUAUGCACAUUUCUAUUCUAUAAAAUACAGCAAACCAGAGCCUGAUUCAGAUCAUAGUCCUCUUCCUAAAUCCCCAUUAAAGCAGCCAAGCAUUGUUGAGUACACGUCCUGGCACUUAAUUUACGCACUUA